CAAACGGAAAGGUUCAGGAACUCUUAAUUCUAUCGGAAGAGGGGAACAUGCAACUUGCGACGCGUCACUCGAGCACGAUCUUUAGUCACCGUCUUUCGGCAUGCGCUCAUUCUCUGAAGGAAAGCCCUUGAUCACAAGCGUUUUCUCCCACUGCGCGAUGCCCGAGUUGACGUCAUGAAAUUCGCGAAAGAGCUUGACCAGGACGCUGUUCCAGAAUGGCGCGUCAAGUAUCUCAACUACAAGGCGGGCAAGAAGCACGUCAAGGCCGUCGCCCGGGCGAUCCAUCGUGCAACAAAUGCCACACCGACUUUCGCCAGGAAGGCCGAUGCGCCCCCGGCUACUACUCCUGCGAUCUUCUUCGGCAUCAACCAUGCCUUUACGCCACCCCGAGUCACCACUGAACCCCCAAGCGGAAAUUACCACGUCCAUGAGCCAGGUCGGUUGCGCUCCGGAUCCACCGCGGCCAAGUCGGGGAGGAAUGCGGCGGGCGAUGAGCGGUCGGGCCUGGCUCGGACACCGGGAAGUGGCAUCCAGUAUGGCAGCAUCGGACCAACGCCGUCGCGUGCUAGCGACAGAGGCACCUUCGAACUUCCGGCCCCGGCGAUCAGGGUCCCUUCGAACACCGGCCAAAGCAUGGCGGCCCAUUCUCCGCCCUUAGACCGUCUCACCCCUCAGCGCAGCGCUACGAUGACGGCCACCGGGCGGACGGACCACCGUUCCCCGUCAUUUCUCACUCUUCCCUCGGGUGCCGGGGGCACAACGCCACGCCUACGCGUUCCUCGUCUCUUUUCGACCAACUCGAUCGGCACCCGACAGAGCCCGGACAAGCUGGACAUAGGGAUGAAUAACCUGGAUUACGUUCGCUCGGCCGAACGCGACUUCUUUGCGUUCCUCGACCGUGAGCUGAACAAGAUUGAGACCUUCUACAAAGAAAAGGAGGACCAGGCAACAGAGCGACUGGCCGCCCUUCGAGCGCAGUUGCAUGAGAUGCGGAAUAGACGGACUGCCGAGAUUGCGGAAGCAAAGAAGAGACGCGAGCUUGGACACAGUAAUGGACACAGUACCGGUCAAAUGGAUGAUGGCGCCGAGGGAAGGGGCAAGCAGAGCAAUCGCGAUUGCUUCAGCCCGCUCAGGGAUAGAUUCUUCAAGCCGGGGCCCAACUCGAAAGCCCUGCAGAAGAUGACCCGGACCCCCGUCAUGGCUGGCCAGACCAUGGACGGUGGCCGCGAUUAUGCGCGGAGGCCCGAAGAUGACGGUGUCCCCUACCGGACGGCGAAGCGCAAGCUCAAGCUGGCGAUGCAGGAAUUCUACCGAAGCCUCGAGUUGUUGAAAUCGUACGCGCUCUUGAACCGGACCGCCUUCCGCAAGCUCAACAAGAAGUACGACAAGACGGUGAAUGCCCGUCCGCCGUACCGAUACAUGAACGAGAAGGUGAGCAAGUCUUGGUUCGUCAACAGUGACGUGCUCGACGGGCACAUACGUACCGUGGAGGAUCUGUACGCGAGGUACUUCGAGAAAGGCAACCACAAGAUCGCGGCCGGGAAGCUCCGAAACCUGCAGAAGCGGUCCGGGGAUUCGUCUGACAGUACGUUCCGGAGCGGCCUGCUGAUCGGCAUCGGCGCCGUUUUCGCUGUUCAAGGGCUCAUAUACGGCACCGAAUUCCUCAUCAACGGCGAUGACCCCAAGAUUGCCCAACAGACGAGCUAUCUUCUGCAGCUGUACGGAGGUUAUUUCCUGGUCCUGCUCCUCUUCACGUUCUUCACGCUGAAUUGCCGGGCGUGGACCAAGAACAAGGUCAACUAUCCGUUCAUCUUCGAGUUCGAUGCGCGGAACUUCCUCAAUUAUAAGGAACUGGCAGAAUUCCCGAGCUUCUUCUUCGCAUUGUUUGGCGUCUUUAUCUGGCUGAACUUCUCGAGGCUGGGGGACUGGGAGGAAAUGUAUCUUUACUACCCGGUCGUCCUUAUCUGCGUAUCCCUCGUCAUCCUGUUCUUCCCGGCGCCCGUGCUGCAUUAUAAGGCGAGAAGGUGGUUCUUGUACUCUCAUGUACGUCACCCGCUCCCGAAUAUACUUGCUUAUUUUUCCCGAGUCAGCUGACCGCUUUUUGCAGUAUCGGUUGCUCCUUUCCGGACUGUACCCAGUAGAAUUCCGGGACUUUUUU